AUGGAUUACCUAGCAAGUUCAUAUUGUCGAUUAAAUAAAGAUUUAUUGUCAUGUUUGGGCGAGUGGCCUUACCAAACUUCGACCCAGCGACGACUCGUACGCAGUAUUAUUUAUUUUUUGAGCGCCAGUAUUAUUAUUCCCAAGAUAAUAAAACUUAUAAAAGUUUGGGGAAAUUUAGAUUUGAUCAUUGAGUGCGUGCCAAUGUUGCUCCUUGACGCCGUUAAUUUUGUUAAAGUGGCCAAUGGGUUUAUGAAUUUCCACAAGAUGCGUCAAUUGUUUGAUAGGAUUCAGGACGACUGGAAGCUCGAGUUCACAAAAAAAGAGUUUGAAAUUUUGGAAAAUUAUGCCGAAGACGGCCGAAAACUUACUAAAUUUUACGCAACUUAUAUGUAUUCUACGAUGUUAAUAUACUUUUGCAUGCCAAUUUUGCCAAAAAUAUUGGAUGUAUUGGCACCAUUAAACGCCUCAAGACCGGAAUUAUAUUUAUUUGAAGCGGAAUAUUUCAUUGAUCAACACAAAUAUUAUUUUCCAAUUUUGAUCCACGCGUACAUUACCUGCGCAGUCGCUGUUUCUAUAUUGGUUGCGUUCGACACGGAGUAUGUCGUACAAGUUCUGCAUGGCUGUGGAAUUUUUGCACAUAUGGUAAUAAGAGACGACGAAGCUAACCUCAAAAAUGAUAAACAGAUAAAAGCAACUACCUACAAAAUGGUGGUGGAUUGCGCAAUUCUUCACAGAAGGGCACUUGACUUCGCUGAUCUUUUAGAGUCUUCGCGUGUAACAUACUUUUUCUUUGUCCUCUUCGUGAACAUUGCAGCGAUCAGCAUUACUGGCGUCCAGACGGUUUUAAAACUGGACCAACCUACUGAAGCGGUCAGAUUCGGAGUCUAUACUUUGGCACAAGUGACCCAUAUUUUUUACAGUAGUUAUCCCGCUCAAAUGCUGUAUGACAACAGCUGGCAAAUGAGUGAUGCUAUUUUCGCUGGAAAUUGGUACCGUGCUGGACGUAAUUCAAAAAAUUUACUACACAUGAUGAUAAUAAGAAGUCGUAAGCCUUGCAAAUUAACCGCUGGAAAAAUUUAUCUGAUGUCAUUGGAAAAUUUUUCCGCUGUU